AUGUUGAAGAACUUGAUUGAUUUUAUAGAGCUUACGGAUACUUAUGAAGUCGAUUUUGAUGAAUCUGGUUUAAAGAUUGCCAAUGAGAUUGCCAUUAAAUAUAUUCAUCCCGAUGCGCCUUUUAAAAUAACUCAUUUUCCUGAUGAUCUUGUAAAUGAUGUAAUAUGUAGGAUGGAAAAGCUUGGUGAAUCUGAAUGUCCACCUAGGGAUAUCUUUUCUGAAUUAAUAUGUCUUGCGAAUUCAUGGCUAAAACAUACAGUUUUCCUUGCCUUUACUAAAACCAUCUACUUUGAUCGAUACUUGCAAUGGAAGUGGCUUGAAAUGCAGCCGGUUAAUAAAGAUACAUUUCGGAUGUAUCGUGUGCUUGGGAAGGGUGGAUUUGGAGAGGUGUGUGCAUGUCAGGUUAGGGCGACUGGGAAAUUGUACGCCUGUAAGAAGUUGGAGAAGAAACGGAUUAAGAAACGACACGGGGAACAGCUGGCCUAUGCUGAGAAGAAAAUCCUUCAGAAAGUCAAUUCGCGGUUUGUUGUGAGCCUAACGUACACAUUCGAGAACAAGGAUGCUCUCUGUCUUGUGCUAACCAUCAUGAAUGGAGGUGAUUUGAAAUUCCACAUUCAUAACAUGGGCAGCACAGCGGGAUUUCCAGAGAGUCGAGCCAGAUUCUACGCGGCUGAGAUUACGCUGGGUUUGGAACAUCUUCAUUCUCUCCGCAUUGUGUAUCGAGAUCUCAAACCGGAGAAUAUACUUAUCGAUGAUCAGGGUGAGUCUGCUAUCUGCUUGUUUGAAUUAGUUUCACUAACUAAUAGCGCCUAUUACGAGUUAUCAGGGGUGAUGGGGUAUCAACCUAACGUAUCCUCAUUUCUGUGA